AGUAACUUCAGCAAUACAACCAGAAAAGUAAAUUCAACGUUACCUUUUUUGCUUAAUGGCUGAUAAGACGAAAAAUAUUGUUGUCAAUGUGAAACUUUUUUUGCUUAAUGGCUGAUAAGACGAAAAAUAUUGUUGUCAAUGUGAAACUUAACAUUAAUUGCUUUUCUUCGCGUAAUUACGAUGCAAAACAGCUGCACUAUGAGCCGUGCACGGACAGCAUCCCUAAAUAACCUCAGACCCCGCUCCGCUUUCACCGCUCAUUCAUUUUUGACUCUCAUUUUCUUCCCUGCUUUUACCCCGAGUCUCUCAAAAUAUUCUUACCCAAAGCCGCCAUUAACUGGCAGAUUUGUUUCUUCUUUCUUAUCCUGCACCUGGAACAGCUUACCUCCGCAUUCAGAUCCGUCACCUUUCGUGUUUUAGAGAGUGAAACAGAAAGGUUAGGGCGACUAUUAGUAAAUCUUUCUGUAACUGUACUUCUUUUUCUUUGAAUAUUUGAAGCUUUCUCGAAGCUGGAUUUGUAGGAGGGAGGUUAGUAAACACUUUUAACAACUCUCAUUUACUCGGUCUUCAGACUCUCUCUUCAAUCCGUUGAAAAACUUGGAUAGAGACAUGCAUACAACGAAGGAAUAAAUAAUGGGCUGUUUCGUUUUGACUUGAUAUUCUUCCUCUCAUUAAUUAAUUAAUAGUUUAUAUGUGUGUGUGUGUAUAUACACAUAUUGUAUAUGUAUAUAUACACAUACCAUACAUACAUAUAUGGUGCAAUUAAGACGGAAAAAAGAGAAAUUUGUGGCUGAGUCGUGAUUGUAUAGCAUAUUGGUAGUGGGCCCAUGGUUAUAUAUGCAAAAGCCUCAUUACAGUUGUAAAUUGUUAUGCCCUGACUAGGCACAUCCGUGUAUGUCCUGCAGUAUUUUGUAUGCGGCCGCUUCACAUUAUACAUACGGGUUUCCGGUUUUGAAUGUUUCUGACACGCUUUUGGCCUUGAUUUGUAUGUUCCUUUAUUAGUGUUGGUAACUAGUGGAGGCCAUAUACGUGCAUAUCAUGGAAUCAUGCUUUGUUUAAGAGAUUCGUGUGUGAUCAAAGAUCUGGUCUCUGCAUAUACUUAUUUGAGCUGCAUUCUUUAUCAAGGUUUGAAUCUAUUCAUCUUCUAGAGGAAAGCUGUCUGAUCUCUUCCUUUUGUGUAGUGGAUAUAUGACAUUCAAUUUUUUUUUCUAGUGUAAAUUCUUCAAAGUUGGGGUCUUGGUGUUAUUGAUGCUGCUUAAACAUUCUCUUUUGAGCUUUGAAGGGGUAAACAAUUGAAGUAGCAUUAUAUUGAUUCACACCACCACAAUAUGGAUGGAAAAUCAUUCAAAGCACCGCCUCCGGACUCACAAAUGGGAAAACUCCAAGGGGGUGGUCCUUCAGUGACCUUUGCAAGGAGGACAUCAUCGGGGCGGUAUGUGAACCUAUCAAGGGACUCGCUUGACAGUGAAAUAAGCGGUGUGGAGUUCGCAAACUACACAGUACACAUCCCGCCUACGCCCGAUAACCAACCCAUGGACCCAUCCAUUUCCCAACGGGUGGAGGAGCAGUAUGUGUCCAAUUCUUUGUUCACAGGAGGGUACAACAGUGUCACACGUGCUCACCUCAUGGACAAGGUGAUCGAGUCAGAAGCCAACAACCAUCCUCAAAUGGCAGGGGUAAAAGGGUCUUCUUGUGCGAUACCGGGUUGUGACGGGAAGGUGAUGCGUGACGAACGGGGUGACGACCUUCUUCCAUGCGAGUGUGACUUCAAGAUUUGUAGGGAUUGCUACAUAGACGCUGUGAAAACGGGUGGUGAUGGGAUUUGUCCUGGCUGUAAAGAGGCUUAUAAGAACACUGAUUUGGAUAAGAACGCCGUCGAUCCAAUCAGGCAACAGCCUUUGUCUUUGCCGUCUAAUGUUGGGAUGUCUAAGAUGGAGAGAAGGUUGUCGUUGAUGAAAUCCGGGAGUAAGUCUGCACUGGUAAGAAGUCAGUCUGGGUUGACUAGGAGUCAAACGGGGGAUUUUGAUCAUAAUAGAUGGUUGUUUGAGACGAAAGGGACUUAUGGUUAUGGUAAUGCUAUAUGGCCAAAGGGGGAAGAAGGUGGAUCUGGAAAUGAGAAAGGUGAUGAGCCUUCUGAACUUCUUAACAAGCCAUGGAGACCCCUCACUCGAAAACUGAAGAUACCUGCUGCUGUUAUCAGUCCGUAUCGGCUCUUGAUUCUGAUUCGGGUCAUUGUGCUUGGAUUGUUCCUUGCAUGGAGAGUCAGCCAUCCAAACAAUGACGCAAUAUGGCUAUGGUACAUGUCAAUCAUAUGUGAAAUUUGGUUUGCCUUCUCCUGGCUGUUAGAUCAACUUCCCAAGUUAUGCCCAAUCAACCGUGCAACUGACCUCAAUGUCCUAAAAGAGAAAUUUGAAACUCCUUCUCCCGCUAAUCCUUCUGGAAAAUCCGAUCUCCCGGGUCUCGACAUCUUUGUCUCAACUGCAGAUCCAGAAAAGGAGCCACCCCUUGUCACUGCUAAUACCAUCCUCUCUAUUCUUGCUGCGGACUAUCCGGUUGAGAAGCUCUCUUGUUAUGUCUCCGAUGAUGGUGGGGCCCUCCUCACUUUUGAAGCCAUGGCUGAAGCUGCAAGUUUUGCAAACAUAUGGGUCCCGUUUUGCAGGAAACACAGCAUUGAACCUAGGAAUCCGGAGACCUACUUUAACAUGAAAAGGGACCCGUACAAGAAUAAGGUCCGUCCUGAUUUUGUUAAGGACCGCAGACGGGCAAAACGGGAGUACGAUGAGUUUAAGGUUAGGAUUAAUGGUCUGCCGGAUUCUAUACGUAGACGGUCUGAUGCUUAUAAUGCCCGCGAAGAGAUUAAGGCUAUGAAACUUCAAAGAGAGGCGGCCGGUGAUGAAUUCUUGGAGCCUAUUAAAAUCACCAAGGCCACUUGGAUGGCAGAUGGGACUCACUGGCCUGGCACGUGGAAUGCUUCCGCCCAUGAGCAUUCAAGAGGUGAUCAUGCUGGAAUUAUUCAGGUGAUGUUGAAACCACCAAGUGAUGAACCACUGCACGGGAACACUACUGGCGAAGGCAACACCGCCAUCGAUUUGACAGAAGUUGAUAUUCGGCUACCGUUACUGGUCUACGUUUCCCGCGAGAAACGGCCCGGCUAUGAUCACAACAAGAAGGCUGGGGCAAUGAAUGCCUUAGUCCGGGCUGCAGCAAUCAUGUCCAAUGGCCCGUUUAUCCUCAACCUCGACUGUGAUCACUAUGUUUACAACUCACAAGCAAUAAGAGAAGGAAUGUGCUUCAUGAUGGACCGCGGUGGUGACCGUUUAUGCUACGUCCAGUUCCCUCAAAGGUUUGAGGGAAUUGAUCCGUCUGACCGUUACGCAAACCACAACACGGUUUUCUUUGACGUCAACAUGCGUGCCUUGGACGGCUUGCAGGGUCCGGUUUAUGUGGGUACGGGAUGUCUCUUCCGCCGGACUGCUCUUUACGGGUUUGAUCCGCCAAGAAACAAGGAAUACCAACCCAGUUGCUGUACCCGUCGGAAGAAACGGUCACGUGCCAGUGUAGCCGCUGAUCAGGAGGAGGAGGAUAGGGGUCUUAAGAUGAGUGAUUUUGAUGACGAGGAGAUGAAUUUUGAUGCUUUCCCCAAAAGGUUCGGUAACUCGAGCCUUCUCAUUGAUUCGAUCCCAGUUGCUGAGUUCCAAGGUAGACCGCUUGCUGAUCACCCGGCAGUUAAAAAUGGGCGCCCUCCCGGUGCCUUGACCAUUCCCAGAGACCUUCUGGAUGCGUCCACAGUUGCCGAAGCCAUCAGUGUCAUCUCGUGUUGGUACGAGGACAAGACAGAAUGGGGUAACCGGGUUGGGUGGAUAUACGGAUCUGUGACAGAAGAUGUGGUGACAGGUUACCGGAUGCACAACCGUGGGUGGAGAUCUGUGUAUUGCGUCACUAAGAGAGAUGCAUUCCGUGGGACGGCACCCAUCAACCUGACAGACAGGCUCCAUCAAGUUCUGCGGUGGGCUACCGGUUCCGUGGAGAUCUUCUUUUCCCGGAACAACGCUCUGCUGGCCAGCCCCAAGAUGAAAAUACUGCAGAGAAUCGCGUACCUCAACGUCGGCAUCUACCCAUUCACCUCCUUGUUCCUCAUCGUCUAUUGCUUCCUUCCGGCCCUCUCAUUGUUCUCAGGUCAGUUUAUAGUCCAAACCCUCAACGUUACGUUCCUCACGUACCUGCUAGUCAUCACUCUGACACUGUGCAUGCUUGCUGUUCUCGAGAUCAAGUGGUCGGGAAUCAACCUGGAGGAGUGGUGGCGGAACGAGCAGUUUUGGCUGAUUGGGGGGACAAGCGCCCACCUGGCCGCUGUUCUACAGGGUCUGCUCAAAGUGGUGGCUGGGAUAGAGAUUUCCUUCACCCUCACUUCCAAGUCAGCCGGGGACGAGAAUGACGAUGAAUUUGCUGAUCUUUACAUUAUCAAAUGGAGUUCACUUAUGAUCCCACCCAUCACCAUCAUGAUGACCAAUUUGAUUGCGAUAGCUGUAGGGUUUAGUAGAACCAUAUACAGUACCAUCCCACAAUGGAGCCGUUUGAUCGGGGGUGUGUUCUUUAGUUUCUGGGUUUUGGCUCACCUUUACCCCUUUGCUAAAGGGCUAAUGGGAAGAAGAGGUAGGACACCCACUAUUGUGUUUGUUUGGUCAGGCCUUAUUGCUAUUACCAUAUCACUCCUUUGGGUCGCCAUCAAUCCUCCAUCUGGUACUUCUGAAAUUGGUGGCUCAUUCCAGUUCCCUUGAUUUAUUAGUAUUCUUAUUGUUAUUAUACGUAGUAUUUAUUAUUUAUUAUUAUUAUUAUUAUUAUUAUUAUUAUUAUUAUUAUUAUGGGCUUUUGCCCUUGAUAUUACUAAUUUCAGGACCAAUUCUAUAAAAGUGAGUACAUUUAUAAAAAGACAGAAAAGUGAGUAGCGGCUAACAUUUUUGGGAAACUUCAAGUAA